GUCGGAUAAUAAUAAUGAUGAUUGAUAGUCAAUAAAUAAUUGACAGUGUGACAGUGUCCUGUAAGUUGGCUUGUKCAGCUCUUGCUCUGUAUGUUUUGUGUWUCAUUUCGUGGUUACAUGGUUUUCCUGAACCGGAAAAACGGAUAUAGUCAUAUAGACCUUGGAAACCAGUUACAAGAUUAGCAUGCGUUGUGGCCAAUAAACAAUAAUGGCUUUCCUGUGUCCCGUGAGAAUACGCCGAGGCAAGAAGAAAAAAAGUGGUUCUACAAGCGACUUGGAUAAAGAAGUGCUACGAGGAACCAACGCUAAUGGACCAGUUCCAGGUAUGGGACGUAUUACUGGMAGUGCAUCCAUUGAGACACUGGUGCGUGUUGGGAUCGAGAAGGAAAACGGCUUGUCGCCUGAUAGCAAAAUGGUUGUACUUCACGAUUUCACACCGUGCGUCGAUGAUGAGCUGACUGUGAAACGAGGCCAGGUCGUCAACAUCCUAUACCGAGAGAACGACUGGGUAUAUGUAAUUGCAGAGGAUAGUCGUCAAGAAGGUUUUAUACCUCAUUCAUAUUGUACACCUUAUAAUUCACAACUUGGUGAAAUAGCUUUAAAUAAUGUCAAAAAGAAAUUACCACGUGCACCAGCUGCCACGCCAACUGAAACUGUUGUUGAAGUUGAAAUCAAUGAGCAACAAAAACAUGGCAAUUGUGGUGAUUUAUCUGACUGUGAAAGUUUUGGAAAAACCCAAGAUCACAAAAAUCAAAACAAACAGAACAUUAGUAGCUCUAGAGCAUCAUUAUUAAGUGCAUCAUCACAUCCUGAGAUUCGACCAUUUUUCAAAGACCCUGCAGGACGUUACAUUGUUUUAUACACUUUCAUAGCGAGAGAUGAAAAUGAUGUUAGUGUUGAGAGAGGAGAAUUUGUGACUGUAUUAAACAGAGAAGACCCUGAUUGGUAUUGGAUUAUUCGCAGUGAUGGACAGGAAGGAUUUGUUCCUAGUGGAUUUGUAUAUCCAGCUGAUAUAAUACAAGGACAUAUAAAUCAAAUGAAUAAUAAUAAUCAGUGUGCUAGUACUACUAAUACUGGACUACCUCCAGUUACCCGAGCACGGCCACGAAAAAACUCUUGUGUGGCUGAUGACGAUCCAGCAAUUCAUGGUACUGAAAUGGUAAUGCUUUAUGAUUAUAAGCCUCAAGCCCCAGAUGAUCUAUCAGUUAAGCGUGGCGAAUGGAUAUAUGCAGAUCUCGACAAUCAAAUGGUCGAUGGGUGGUUAUGGACUUAUGCUCCUAAAACAAGAAAAUAUGGUUUCAUACCUAAAGCAUAUGCUCAUCCACCUGCUAUGACCAGUUUGUGAAUAUAUAGCAGCUGAUAAURCUGAUAUUCAUUACUUUGAAAAAGUAUUAUUUUAAGUGUCAAAUAAGUACUCUAACCUAAAGCUGAAUAUAACUCCUUUAUUUUUGUUUACUAUUCUUCUAAUACCUUCGAUGAUCUUUCAAAGCCAAUAAUUGUGAUAUUUUGUAGGAUAAUGGGAUUGGUAAUGAUAAAAUAGUUUGAUAAAUUAAUAUAGUUUUACACUAUCAAUAGAAUACUUACAUUGUUAUAAUAGUAUUAAAUUAAAUUAUGA